AUGAGCGACAUCCUCAGCGAGAAGGUGUCCUCCGAUGCGAGCAGUGAUGCUACGACGCUUUCGCAGCGCUUCCAAGACCAGUUGGAAGCUAUCCUCAAGAAGCUGAGAAAAGAUCCGAGCACCAUCACAGCCGAGGAAGCUCGUAUUCUAUCUGAGAACGUCCCUACACGUGACGACAGAGCGAAGGGAUCCAGUCAAGCUCAGGCUCCUCAUCGUUCCCUGCUGAUGGCCGCCAAGGACCUGCAUAUCGCUGUAGAUGGCAGCCCUGACGAGGCGACCACCGAGGUUCUCCGCGUUGCCCAGAGCAUCGUUAGCAAACUGCAAAAUGCCGUCGGCCAUACCAAUGCUCCUCAUCCUGAAGUCGAAGCUGAGCUCCAGGAGGAAAUCGCUAAGAUCGAACCCAAGAUUGCGCAAGGCACUGUCACCAAAGCUGAAGCCGAUCACCUCCACUCUCUCGAGGCCCGUGCCCAUGGUCAUACCGAGAAGGGUGGCAUCGCCGCUGUCGCGCAGUCUGUUGCGGCCAGACGUGAGCGUCAACUGUCACUGAGCAGCAGCACUGGAUCCAUCUUGAGUCCUGUCAACGGAAGAUCUCGUGCCAACAGUAGGAACUACACAUCACCUCAGCAAAGGUCUCGCCAAGAGAGGGAAGAUGACACCCACAACGCGGAGAUGACUAUGAGACCUAAGAUCGAGGCAGACAAUGCCGCAGCAUCGGAGAUGGACAAUCCAAAGUCUCUCGACGCUUGUGCUGACAGUGGCACCGAGGAACAUGUAUGCUUGGGGCUCUGUGUAUCCCGCGCCAACGACGGAAGUGCUCGCGCCAGCGAUGAACGUCCCCGCCCCAGUGGCGAGAGCAUCCACUCCCGUGACACACUCUCUGGCUUCAACCAUCACGGGGAUUUACACAACGGUGAUUCCAAGACAGAGAACGGCUUCUCCACUCAACCAAACCCCAAAACGAGCCAGUCGCAAGAGACGCCCACCCACAGCCACACUGAGAAGAGUGGCCUCAGCCCCACUGCACAGGCCUUCGUCUCCCGUAGACGACAAGAGUCCCUCAGCGACGUGUCCAACUCUUCCGCGACUAAGCACCACAAAGAGCAGUCACAGCCCGACAAGGACCUUAACAAGGUUGAUGAGGAACUAGAGAUCAACGAGCACGACAUCUACGUGAAGAGCCUUGUGCAGGACGGUCAUGGUCGAGCGGACGAGAACGGAAAGCUUCUGGCUGAGUCAAGCUACGACGCGGACGAUCGAUGA